CCAAGAUCGUCAAAUAGUCACUUCAGUCUUUCACUAAAAACCUUGUGUCAGGUGCAACAGCCCCCAAAAAGACCCAGAAAAAUUUACAUUUUCAACAAAAAUCAGUGUCUUUUUAUUGGUGUGUAAUGCAAGACUAAGGCAGGCAACAGAGAAAUGUAGUGUCGAAAUGAAACAGCAUUUUUAAAUUUUAAUUCCACCUUUGUCUAAAAAUAAUAUAAAUACCUUCUUUAAAUUACAGCCUCUUCAUUUAUCAACCACCAAUCUUUUCUUCUCCUGUUCUUCUUGCACAGCAUCCCUUCUCUUCACUGUAACAGAACAUCCCAAUAGUGGAUUUUAAGAUUUAUCCAGGUCCUUCAAAGAGUACUGCUCCAGAUGGCUCCUUCAACCAGAAACUACCGUGUACGUGGCCUCAAAGUUGCAAUAAUCACUGUGGCUUCCAUCUUUUUACUCACGACUUUACUUCCCAAAUCAGUGGAUUCUGUGCAAUCAAGCCAUAACAAUGAGAGUAGUGAUGAUCUGUUCUUGCAAAGCAAAAUGGUGCUGGGUUCAAGGCCUCCAGGAUGCCAGAACAAAUGUUUGAAUUGCAGGCCUUGCAUUGCAACUCUGGUGAUUCCGGUCCACAAAACAAAGCGUCUCAGUUUGUCAUCUCAUGGAGAAGAAGGUGAAAGCUAUUAUUUGCUCUCCUGGAAAUGCAGAUGUGGAAAUAAGCUAUUUCAGCCAUGAAUCUAUCUUGUUCUUUACCCUUCCAUAUAUAGAAACUUAGCAUAUGCUACUCAUUAGGUGAACCUUCUACCUAGCUGUAGCUGCUCAUGCACGGUGUGCUCUGAAAAGAUAAGUUAAAGUAACCUUAAUUAUCAAUCAUUUAGAUGUGCAGUUGCACCUAUUAUGUGUUCGUAGAUACUGACUAAUUUCAACAAUGUUUGGCUAUUUAGGUAUGAGUAAGAACUCUU